AUGGAUGUCUCUGUAAAACUCCACACGUGGCUUUUGUGGAACGGGCUACUGCUGUUGUCGCUGUUGAGGGGGCUAGCACUCGGAGCCUCCUUCUAUGGUGACGGCUUUGUGCAUCUGAAGACGGUGGAGUCCUCCAGCCGUACCUCUCUGCAUGUCCGCUUCCGCACCUCCAGCUCCAAUGGACUGCUCUUUCUGGCUGCAGGGAAGACUGACUACUGCAUGCUGGAGCUGCAGUCUGGCCACCUCCAGGUGAGGUUAGAGCUGGGGUCUGGCGAGCGCAUUCUGCGCUCUGAGAAGGGAGCCCCCCUGAAUGACCUGGCCUGGCACUCGGUGGAGCUGCGGCAUGAGAACCACGACGUGGCACUGAUCGUGGACAAGCGGCCCCAGGCCAGCGUGAAGAUGCCAGUGCCGGAGAGAGAGCUCAGCAUCCAGGACGGGCUCUACGUGGGCAGCAGCGGGGGCCUGGACAAGCCCUACCUCUCCAGCUCCCUCAUGGGCUUCCGCGGCUGCAUUGACGAGGUGCUCUUCAACCAGCACAACCUGCUGUCGUCGCUCCGGCCGUACUCCGGCUACAAAAACGUCUACGAGGUGUCUCUCGGCUGCAGCCCGCAGUUUCUGGCAAGCGAGGAGGACCCCAUCAGCUUCUUCAGCUCCAGGGCAUACAUCUCCCUCCCUCCCUGGAGCGCUCCGCAGGGCGGGGCGUUCGAAUGUGUGGUACAUACAUCAGCGGAAGAGGGGAUUAUCCUCUACAGCUCCGCGCGUCAGGGGGACUUUGUUGCCAUGGAGAUCCGAGGGGGCCUCCUGGUUGCGGUCAUGGGAAAAGGUGGGACCAAGACGGAGUUGCGCUCCCUCACUUUCGUGAAUGACCGGAAGUGGCACCCCGUUAAGCUCUUCUUUACCUCUAAGAGCCUGGAGCUGACUGUGGAUAAGGAGACAGUGAAAACCAGCAUCGCCUCCCACCCCAGGCCUCUGCAGCUGAAGGGUCCCCUCUUUGUCGGGGGUAUCGAUGACAGCACCCGCACCGAGGUCCGAAAGAUGGGGCUUGUCUCUGUCUCUGGGAAACGCGUCCGGGGAGGGUCAUUCAAAGGCUGCCUGAGGGACAUCAAGGUCAACUAUGUUAAGAUGGGUCUUCCCAACACAGUGGUGACCAAAGAUAUAUCUGUAGGCUGUGAGCCUGAGAAAGAAGCCGGGCUGACCACCACAGUGACCCCUACCGGCACCCUCCCUGUGACCCCGACCCCGUUGGUUCUCAUGUCCACCCUCGCCAAGGGGCUGGACAGGAAGCGUGGAGGGAACUUCCUGGUGUUGAGGGACCUCGUGGUCCCCGAAGGUGGACGGGCGUCCCUGGAGUCCAAGCACAUCAAAGUCAACCUGGAGUUCAAGAAGCUGGGCAUCCGCCAGUCUCAGAUUGUGUUCCGGAUCGAGGAGCAGCCUGUUCAUGGGCAGCUGAGGCUGGACGUGGACCAGGAGCAGGAGGAGAACACCUUCAGCAUGCUGGACCUGUGGCAUGAGAGGGUGAUGUACAUCCACGGAGGCUCUGAGGACCCACAGGACUUCUUCAUGUUCUCAGUGUUUAGCAGCAGUAAGAGGGAGGUUCCUGCCUACCUGCGGGGGAAUAAGCUGUACCGCUACAACAUAACAAUCACGCCGACCAACGACGCCCCCGAGCUCAGCCUCCCGGAAGGAAACCUCUUUUUACUGCUGGAGAAGUCCAAGAAGCGCCUGAGCACCGACGUCCUGAAAGCCACCGACAUAGACAGCAACUCCACUGAGUUGGUCUUCUCUGUGCUGGGCAACCUGAACGCAGAUGCUGGGUUUCUGGAGCAUGAGGACGACCCUGGGAAGGCAGUGACCUCCUUCUUGCACCCGGACCUGGAGAAGGGGAAGAUAAGCUACGUCCACACCGGCGUCCGGAAUUCUCGCAUCGUGCUGAGGGUCAGUGACGGAGAGAAGGUGAGCAACACAGUGGUGCUGAGGGUCAUGGCCGUCCCGCUGGAGCACCGAGUGGCCAACAACACGGGCCUGGAGGUAACCCAGGGCGACACGGCCCUCAUCGGCACAGAGCAGCUGGCGGUGCAGACCAAUGCCGUGAAGCAGCUGGUGGAGAUCCGCUACGACGUCAUCGAGCCCCCGAAGUUCGGGGAGCUGCAGAAGUUACACUCCAGUGGAGAGUGGAAGGCCACCAACGUGUUCUUCCAGAGACUGCUGGAGAAGGAACGCCUCAGGUACCUCAGCACCUUCCUGGACAUUCAGGCGCCUAACGUCACAGACCGCUUCAGAUGUAAGGUCAGCAUCGGCACCAUGGCUACAGACGAAGUAGUGUUCCCAAUCACUGUAAGGUGGAUACAGUAUAAGAUCACAAGGAACAAAGUGUUAGAGGUGGACAAAGUGAGGAAGGUGAGGCUGAGCUCUGAGCAUCUUCAGGCUGUUGCCAAAGGGGUGAAGCUAACAGAAGAUGAGUUGCACUUCAGGCUGCUGACAGUGCCAAAGAAAGGAAACCUGUUGCUCAAUAAUAAAAUUCUAAAGAAGAACUCAACAUUUAGCCAAAAGAAUGUGACUGACCUAAAGGUUCAGUAUGAGCUUGUCGACAGGCCACAUGAGGACACAAAUGAUGCAUUUGCCUUCCAGGUGUUCUCCAGACACGCACGUUCCCCAAGGUCAGACUUCCGCAUCGACAUCAAGGCAGACGUCAACAGCAUAAUCUUAACAAACAAUGGCCUAUCUGUGAUGGAAGGGGAGAGCAAGGUCAUUACCAAGGACAAGCUGUAUGCAGAAACGCUGAGCACUAAGACUAUGUACUACACCGUGACCCGCAGCCCAAAACAUGGGAAGCUAACACGCAUCAAUCUCUCCAGCUCCACCUCCAGCAAUGACAACAUCACAGCCUUCACCAAUCAGGACAUCCUGGAGGAGCGUCUCAUGUACGUUCACGACGACAGCGAAACCACGUAUGACGAGUUCACAUUUAUCGCCUCCAUCAGCCAGGCGUCCCAGGCUGCUUUGCUGAAGGAAGAGAGCGGCAUGGUAGAGGCCACGUUCAACAUCUCCAUCCAGCUGGUGAACGACGAGAAGCCGGUGCGCGUGGUGGACAAGGUGUUCCACGUGGUCAGAGAUGGGCAGAGGCUGCUGACGCUGGACGACCUCUGCUAUCAUGAUGCCGACUCGGACUUCAGCGACGGGCAGCUGGUCUACACCCGCCGUGGGAUCCCUAUGGGGGAGCUGGUGCUGGCCAAUGACACCUCCCACAAGCUGUACCAGUUCAGGCAGGAGGACCUGGAGCAGAACCGUGUGCUGUUUGUGCACCGUGGUGUCAGCUUUGGCCGCUUCGUGCUCUUCGUGUCGGACGGGAAGCACUACGCCUCCACGCUGCUGGACGUGAAUGCGCAGGACGCCUACCUCAGGGUGGCCAACAACACGGGUCUGCUGGUGCAGAAGGGCUGGGCAGCGGCCUUCACCUCCGCCAACUUCAGCGUGCUCACCAACAUGGACGUCAGGGACGACAAGGAGGUCGUCUAUGAGCUGUAUGUGCCCCCCAAACACGGUGGCCUGUACCGCAAUGACCUGAAGGUGGACACCUUCACUCAGCAUGACCUGAAGAUGGGCCUCCUGGCCUACCGCCACGAUGACAGCAGGAACCUGGCAGACGUCUUCAACCUGACCGUGAAGGUUAAAGACAUGCGGCUGGAUGCCGGCAUUACUGUGAAGAUAUACUUGGAAAGCCACCAGCGGCCCCCUAAAGUCAUUAACAACAGUACUCUGCUGGUGGAGGAAGGGAAGCCUGUGAAGAUCACCAGAAGGAAACUGGAGGUCACUCAUGAGGAUAACCUGCCCUCAGAGAUCGUGUUCACGGUGAAAGUGCCCCCGUCGCACGGUUAUCUCCGGAGCUUCGCAGAGGGGGAGGAGCGCUACCUGGGGAGCGAGCAGACCCCCAUCCGGACUUUCUCCCAGAGUGACAUCAACAAGGGCAAUAUCCAGUACGUGCAGGUGGCAGCGGACCAGGAGACCGACUCCUUCGUGCUGGACGCCACCAACGGGGUGACGGAGGUGAGCGACAUCAGGAUAUCUGUGGACAUCAUCCCUCAGCUCAUCCCCCUGCUGGUCUCCAACAUCACACUGAAAGAGGGCUCUUCAAAGGCCCUGACCGAGGAUGUGAUAAAGGUCAGCAGCCCUCACUUCGCGGGACUCGACUUCCAGUACUUUGUCCCUGAGCCUCCGCAGCACGGCCACAUCGAGCACUCGCGCCUCCCCGGCGUACCCAUAACCACCUUCACCAGAAAGCAGGUUGAACAGGAGUUCAUUUACUAUGUCCAUGACGACAGCGAGACGGUGGCCGAUAACUUCACCAUCGUAGCGAACGACACGGACCUGCGGAAGGAGAGCCUGGCGCGCACGCUGUUCGUCAACGUCACGCCCGUCAACGACGAGCCACCCGUCAUCAGAGCCAACAGGGUGCUGAGGGUUUGGGUGGGCUCUGUCACGGAGGUCACGGCUGAUGACCUGAGCGCAGAGGACAAGGACUCGCCGCCGGAGCAGCUAGAGUUCAUCAUCACCCCACCCAGCAAUGGCCACCUGGCCCUCAAGAGCGCCCCCGCCAGGCAAAUCCUCAACUUCACACAGGCACACAUUGACCAGGGACAGCUGGUGUUGGUGCACAGCGGAGCCAUGUCAGGGGGCUUCAACUUCCAGGUCAACGAUGGGGUGAACUUUGCCCCCCGGCAGAUCUUCAGCAUCAUGGCCAGGACCCUGGUGCUUCGCGUGGAGAGGAACUGGCCACUCAGAGUGUUCCCAGGUUCUGUAAUGGAAGUUUCUACUGACGAGCUUCAUGUGGUUACCAAUGACAACGACCCCACAGGGAACCGUACCGUCGUCUUCAGUGUCACCAGUCCGCCGAAGCUCGGGAGGCUGGUGAAAAGGUUGGAUGACAACUCCACAGAAGAGGUCUCCUCUUUCACCCAGAGCAUGGUGGAUGAGGGUGUGGUGUUAUAUGAACAAGACAUUGCCAAGUUCACUGGGUGGAAAGCCUCUGAUUCAUUCAGCUUCACGCUGUCUUCACCCCCUGCGUCACUCGAUGCCCAGGUGUUCACAAUUGACAUCUCAUACGAAAACACAGGCCCUGACCACAGAACUCUGCUCCUGGCAAACACAGGUGCUGUGGUGAUAGAAGGAAGGAGUGUUGUUAUUGACAAGUUAAAGCUGGAUGCUUCCAACUUAAUGGCAAAGCUUGAGGAGUCCAAGCGUAACUCCUAUGAGGUCUGGUACCAGGUGAAGUCCCUCCCCGAGUACGGGGUCAUCAUGGUGGGGGAGCGCAAUCUGACCAAGGAGAAGCCCAACUUCUCCCAGUUCAUCCUCAACAAGUUCGGGAUCACGUACGUGCACGACAACUCAGAGACAACCCAGGACAGCUUCACCUUCGACGCCUGGCUCAACCUGAAGAGCAAGCCAGCACAGCGCCCCCUGGAUGACUCUGAGGUGGUGCCAGAGUCCUUCAACAUCACCAUCACGCCCGUCAACGACCAGCCGCCUGUGCUGAAGACCAAGGCCCCUGGCUUGACUGUGGUGCAGGGAGACACGGCUGCGUUGGGCCCAGACAACCUCAACGUGGAGGACCUGGACAACCCGCCAGAGGAAAUCGAUUACACUGUGAUCAGCAAACCCAACAACGGCUUCCUGGCCAUGGAGGGCAGUCUGAACGAGUCUGUCCUGGCCUUCACGCAGGCCGACAUCAACAGCGGGAGGCUGUACUUCGUCCAGGACGGAAGCCCCUUCUCUGGCGUGUUCUACUUCAGUGUGUCGGACGGCCAACACAGACCCCUUUAUAAGCUCUUCAAUUUGGAGGUGACUGAGAUCACCAUUUCCCUGAUAAACAACACAGAAGUGGUGUUGAAGCAGGGACAGACCUCAGUGGCUCUCACAGCUGAGCAUCUGGCCGCAGAGACCAAUGGGAAAAACACGAGCAUCCAGUACCAGGUGACGGGGCCUUCGCAGUAUGGCAGGCUCCUAAUUGACGACGAGGAGGUCACUCUGUUCCACCAGAGUGACCUUCAGUUUGGCAGGUUGCACUAUCAGAUGGUAAACCUGACAUCGUCCCAGGACAGCUUUGAGUUCACCGCUUUCACAUCUGAGAGCAAUCUGACCGAGCAGGUGGUGAACAUCACCGUGAGAGCACUGAUCCAACUGAAAGAGGAUGUUCGGAUCCCGGACGGCAUCACCAUGAAGCUGCGCAAAGACACCCUGAACGCCACCGAGCUGGCCGUCCUGAGCGGCAGUGACCCUGUCUUCGAGAUCCUCUCCCCUCCCAAACACGGCAGGCUUAUCAAGAUGAUGUCCGACGAGGACGGAACCUCGCAGCCUGUCAGCUCCUUCACCUUCCAGGACCUGGAGCAGGGGAGGGUAGCCAUCGAGGAGAGCGCCAACAUGACUGGCGUCCAGCAGCUCAACGACUCCUUCGUGUUUGUGCUGAAAGCGGAUAACGUCCAGCCCGGGAGGGGCGAGUUUCUGUUCUCCGUGGUGCCGUACGAUCCAGCCCUGGUAAAGGGCGGCAUAACGGAGAGCCCCCUCCAGACCAGGAAACCCACCACGCCAAUGCACACCAUGGUGACGCUGUCCCCGCAGCAGCCCUCAUCUGAGGCAACGGUGACGACCCACACCCGUGCCCACAAGACCCUGCACAAGGCCAAAGGCCGGCACCGCUGGGGGCACCACAACCGGACCCACGCGUCCGACACGACCGCCCCGCGGACCACCUCGGGGAAGCGGGAGCACCCCCACAGGAACACCCCGGUGAGGGUGGAGUCCAUCCCGCGGCCGGCCUCCGACCCGCUGCUCAUCAUCCUGCCCCUGCUGGCCUGCCUGCUGCUCAUCAUCAUCCUGGUGGUGCUGAUCCUGGUGUUCCGGCACCGGCGGGAGAAGCGUGCCCAGCCCGCCCUCAUCCAGAACCCCCCCGGCGCCGCCUGCCCCGGCAGCCCAUACCUGGGCCAGCCUGAGAGGAGCCUCACCGUGCCCUCCGUGGUUGUCACGCCGCUGACGCCCAGCUGCCCUGGCAGCCCCGUGCUGGACCGGCUUCAGGAGAGCGCCCUGGUGCCCGUGGUCUCGGCCCACGAGGCCUCGCUCUACCUGUACUCCUGGAACGGCCUGGACCCAGAGGCUGCCCAGCACUGCCGGGCCAGCAGCCCCAUCCUCAGGCACAACCAGUACUGGGUGUGAUCAUUGCUAAUGCCCGUCCUAAUGCCUG